UCCCAGUGACUACGUUGCUUUACGCGCCUUUCUUCACACUCCAUCAAGAUGAGCGCAGAGCCAGACCACACCCACGACAAGAAGAGGGUCAACCUCAAUGACCCCUCGGGCGCCGAGAAGAAAGAGGAGCUCGACACCUCGACCGCUAUCCUCAAGAAGAAGAAGAAGCCCAACUCUCUGAUUGUUACCGAUGCCGUCAACGAUGACAACUCCGUUAUUGCCCUUUCCAACAACACGAUGGAGACCCUCCAGCUCUUCCGCGGUGAUACCGUCCUUGUCAAGGGCAAGAAGCGCAAGGACACGGUUCUGAUUGUCUUGGCGGAUGAUGAUCUCGAUGACGGCAGCGCUCGCAUCAACCGUGUCGUCAGACACAACCUCCGUGUCAAGCACGGCGACAUGAUCACCGUCCACCCUUGCCCCGACAUCAAAUAUGCCAAGCGUAUUGCCGUCCUUCCUAUUGCCGACACCGUUGAGGGCCUGACCGGCUCCCUCUUCGACGUCUACCUUGCCCCCUACUUCCGCGAAGCCUACAGACCCGUCCGACAGGGAGAUCUGUUUACAGUACGAGGAGGUAUGAGACAGGUGGAGUUCAAGGUUGUUGAGGUCGAUCCCCCAGAGUACGGUAUUGUGGCCCAGGACACGAUCAUCCACUGCGAGGGCGAGCCCAUCCAGCGUGAAGACGAGGAGGGCAACCUCAACGAGGUCGGUUACGAUGACAUUGGUGGCUGCCGCAAGCAGAUGGCUCAGAUCCGCGAGCUGGUCGAAUUGCCCCUGCGUCACCCCCAGCUCUUCAAGUCCAUCGGUAUCAAGCCCCCUCGUGGUAUCCUGAUGUACGGUCCUCCCGGUACUGGUAAGACUCUGAUGGCUCGUGCUGUUGCCAACGAGACCGGUGCCUUCUUCUUCCUGAUCAACGGUCCCGAGAUCAUGUCCAAGAUGGCUGGUGAGUCCGAGUCGAAUCUGCGCAAGGCUUUCGAGGAGGCCGAGAAGAACUCCCCCGCCAUCAUCUUCAUCGAUGAAAUCGAUUCCAUUGCCCCCAAGCGUGAGAAGACCAACGGAGAAGUCGAGCGCCGUGUUGUCUCCCAGCUCCUCACCCUCAUGGACGGUAUGAAGGCCCGCUCGAACGUCGUUGUGAUGGCCGCCACCAACCGCCCCAACUCCAUCGACCCUGCCCUUCGUCGUUUCGGUCGUUUCGAUCGUGAGGUCGACAUCGGCAUCCCUGACCCUACCGGCCGUCUCGAGAUUCUGUCGAUCCACACCAAGAACAUGAAGCUGGGUGAUGAUGUCGACUUGGAGACGAUCGCUGCUGAGACCCACGGUUAUGUCGGUUCCGAUCUCGCCUCGCUCUGCUCUGAGGCCGCCAUGCAGCAGAUCCGUGAGAAGAUGGACCUGAUUGACUUGGAUGAGGAUACCAUUGACGCUGAGGUCCUCGACUCUCUUGGUGUUACCAUGGAGAACUUCCGUUACGCCCUUGGUGUCUCCAACCCCUCCGCUCUGCGCGAGGUUGCCGUCGUCGAGGUCCCCAACGUCCGUUGGGAGGAUAUUGGUGGUCUCGAGGAGGUCAAGCGCGAGCUUAUCGAGAGCGUCCAGUACCCUGUCGACCACCCCGAGAAGUUCCAGAAGUUCGGUCUUUCUCCUUCCCGCGGUGUGCUGUUCUACGGCCCCCCUGGUACUGGUAAGACCAUGCUGGCCAAGGCCGUGGCCAACGAGUGCGCUGCCAACUUCAUUUCCGUCAAGGGUCCUGAGUUGCUGAGCAUGUGGUUCGGUGAGUCGGAGAGCAACAUCCGUGACAUCUUCGACAAGGCUCGUGCCGCCGCCCCUUGCGUCGUCUUCCUCGAUGAGUUGGAUUCCAUUGCCAAGUCCCGUGGUGGAUCCGUCGGCGAUGCUGGUGGUGCUUCCGACCGUGUGGUCAACCAGCUCCUAACCGAAAUGGAUGGUAUGACCUCCAAGAAGAACGUCUUCGUCAUCGGUGCUACGAAUAGACCCGAGCAGCUGGACGCUGCCCUGGUCCGUCCGGGUCGUCUGGAUACUCUGGUCUACGUUCCCCUGCCCGACCAGGCCUCCCGUGAGAGCAUUCUUAAGGCCCAGCUGCGCAAGACGCCCGUUGCUCCUGAUGUCGACAUCUCCUUCAUCGCCAGCAAGACCCACGGCUUCUCCGGUGCCGAUCUUGGCUUCGUUACUCAGCGUGCUGUCAAGCUCGCCAUCAAGCAGUCGAUCAGCGCCGACAUCGACCGCCAGAAGCAGCGCGAGGCCCAGGGUGAGGACGUCAAGAUGGAGGACGAGGAGCUUGAAGAGGAGGACCCCGUGCCGGAGCUGACCCGUGCCCACUUCGAGGAGGCGAUGAAGUCGGCCAGAAAGUCGGUUAGCGAUGUGGAGAUCCGCCGCUACGAGGCUUUCGCGCAGAGCUUGAAGAACUCUGGCGGCAGCACCUUCUUCCGCUUCCCUUCCUCGGGUGAGGUGGCGGACAACAACACUUUUGGCGAAGCCGGCAAUGACGACAGCCUCUACGACUAAACUGUAUCUUUUCAUGCUUUGUUUCCUAUGCGCACUUAGUUAGAUCAGCGGGGUGAGCCUCGACUAAAUCACGUUGGUUGACAAGUACUUUUGUGGCCAUUUCUUAUUAUUCUGGGUGCUAAGAUAGUUCUGAUCCAUCUAAUAGCCAAGAAGUUGCUACGAUGAUUGAUUCCGUUGGGUGUGGAACGAAGUAGUAGAAUUUGGUAUCUAGAAAAUGCAAUGCCGACCCUGAUAACACC